AUGGCUGAUACGCUGAGUAUCAAAUAUGACCAAAGAUUAAAUUUCCCCCGGGAUAUCCAGAUCGAAAUAUCAGCAUUAUAUAUAAUAGCCAGAGCCCAGAGCUUUGAACUGAAAUAUACAACUCAGAAGACUGGAAAUCCGACAGUCGAGAUAUUCUCCAUGGCAUAUCAUAUUUUGACUUGGCUUGGUCUUCAGCAAUAUUAUUGGUCUUCAAAGCUGCUACCCGAAAUUGAAAGAACCAAAUUUCCUGAGCUCUGUCUCGAAAUCGUAUCAAUUGGUGUUCAAUAUCCUGGUUGGACGGUUCGUCCAGAAGACGUGGAGUCCUUCGCCAAGAGGCAUUACGGCGAUUCCCCAGCAAUCCAGCGGACGCUGAAGUUGAAUUAUGCAACUGGGAUAGUCUCGAGGCCAUCCAUAGCCCAUAUUGAUCUGAAAGACAUCAAUGCAGAUGAAGCGCCAUCAAUUACAGGAAUCCAUAGUUUGUUCAAAGAGUAUGGUGUUAAUCUCGCAGUUGAGGCUUGUCAAAAGGCAAUCAAAGAGUGGGGAGGCAGCCCUACGGAUAUCACGCAUGUUGUCGCCGUCACAUGUACUGAUUCCUCAAAUCCAGGGUACCAUGAGUUGGUAGCAAGGGAGCUGGGCCUUAAGUUGGAUAUCGACAAGGUGCUAUUGCAUGGUGUUGGGUGCUCGGGUGGCCUAGCUGCGUUGCGCACAGCAGCCAAUGCUCUCCAGGGAGCGGCGCAUAGGGGCAAGCCAGGACGAGCCCUAGUCUUUGCAACUGAAAUCCACACUAGCUUGGCUAGGCGUGCUUUUGACCAGUGUGAGGAGAGUGGACAACCGAACAUUACUGUGGCUCUUUUCAGUGACUGCGCUUCGGCGUUAGUGCUGAGCAACGGAUUGGAGAGGCGAGAGUUUGAGCAACCGAUCUAUCGCUUGCUCAAUUGGAAGCAAAGGACGAUUCCGGAUACCGAGUCGGAUAUUCAGCUUAAUGUUCAUCCAAAAGGUUGGAGCGCAGUGGUUACAAAAAAUGUACCUCACAUCGCGGCCAAAUCAGUUCGCCCAAUGUUCGACGAACUGGUGCGUGAGACGCCCCUUAUUUCAGGAAAAGGGCUUCUAAAUGCCACGAGCUUUGAUUGGGCGCUACAUCCUGGUGGGCUUGCGGUGGUAGAGAGAGCUAAACAGGCUUUGGGCCUUUCCUCUGCUCAUCUAAGUGCAUCCUACGAGAUCUAUAGAAAAUAUGGGAACAGCUCCAGUGCCACUGUGAUCAGUGUCCUGGACUGUUUACGAAAAAUCCCAGGCGGCCAAGAUCAUGUUGUUGCGUGCGCGUUUGGACCAGGAGUGAGUGUUGAGAUGGCCUUAAUGGUUCGUCCACGGUAA